CACUGCACGUUCGAAGGGGUUCACGCGCUUCCGGUUAGUGUGGGAAACGUGUGGGAGAAGCUGAGUGAUGUGAGGAGUUGGUGAAGAUCGAACUGUCAUAUAGACAGUGGUGGAAAGCUCGUGGCUGCGAGAGGAGCGUGCAAUGCAUUGUCAGUCUUGUCAUAGUCGACUACCAUGACACGUUGGUGCGUUACGCACGAGGGAUGUCAACAAUUUAGAAAUCAAAAUGUGCACCAAAUCAGAGAGGGAGUAAUUAUCCUUUAGUGUGCACCGUAUUGCUUCAUUCUUGUCAUAUUUUGAUUCAAAUACAAACAAACAAGUGGAAUUGGUUAGGAGCCUGCAUCGACCCCUUUGCAACCAUUUUCAGUGAUGGAGGGGCAAAGGGAUCUACACAGCCCGGAGUUGAGUGAAGGGGAGAGCGUUUCUCCUUCUCCUAGUCUGCCUUCACCGCCCAUCCUGCCUCUCCAAGCAGCGCAGCAGGCGCACAGAACCACCAACUUUUUUAUUGACAAUAUUCUACGGCCAGAUUUCGGCUGCAGGAAGGAGCAGGGCUUAGGUGCGAGGGAGAGGUCGCAGACUUCCAGUCGAGAGCGCGCCCACCCUUUGGUCGCCAGACCGACUCAUCCUGGAACGCCAUGCCAGGACUCCAAUUGCAGCAGCGACAGCACUUCUUCUUCCACCUCGUCCUUGGCCUUGUCUCCAACCCCCAAAAAGAGCACCUCGUCCUCGAAAGCCAACGAGAGCUCCGUAGGCAGCACGCCCAAGUUCAGCGAGAACACUUCUCCUGUUAUGGUUGUGAGCGGCGUUAGUAGCGGCGCAGCGCCCUCCCCCGAGUCCCAGCCGCUGCUGUGGCCUGCCUGGGUGUAUUGCACUAGAUACUCGGACAGGCCCUCAUCUGGCCCAAGGACACGGAAAUUGAAAAAGACGAAAAACGAAAAGGAAGACAAGCGACCCAGAACGGCGUUCACGGCUGAGCAGCUUCAAAGACUGAAGACGGAGUUCCAGGCCAACCGUUACAUUACGGAGCAGAGGAGACAGUCUCUAGCCCAGGAGCUCAACCUCAAUGAGUCACAAAUCAAAAUCUGGUUCCAGAACAAACGGGCCAAAAUCAAAAAGGCCAACGGCUAUAAGAACGGCCUGGCUCUCCAGCUCAUGGCGCAAGGAUUGUACAACCAUUCCACCACCACCAUUCAGGAAGACAAGGAGGAGAGUGACUGAGACUUCGCUUGCCCCAAAUGUGCUACAAACUCGGAAAACUAUGGUGCAGGAGUCACCUUUUGGGGACGGAAUAUUUGUGGAUAGUCAAGGCUAGUGUAAAAUAUGUUCAAUUUGUUGAUAGGCUUGUGUAUGAACAUAAACGAUAAAAAUAUGCAUACAAGCUACGAACAUGAUGGAAAAUAAAUAGCCAAAAAUUAGACUGUAUAGAUAAUUUAAGGAGAAAGGGAUACAAUACUACUCACCCUGCACUUGGAUAAUGAUAUGAUUGUUAUCUUUGUCGCUUUAGGCCUAAUGUGUGAUUUAUCUCUUUUAUAUCAAACCUCGAUGAAUUUACAGACUCCAUGAUCUGCCACUUCAAGCCAAAGAUUUUAUCGAAAAAAAAACAGCCUGAAAAAAAUAACAUCUAUGAAUCUCUCUCUUAUAGACUAUACUUUCUUCCUGAACUGCGAGUCCCUAACAAUCAGUAGGCCACUGUUUUAAGAUAGUUGUCUGCCGCUUGAUGUAUGCCUCAACCUAUGUGUGGGCCUGAAAGAUUGGCCUAUAUGACUCAUCUCGUGUUGGAUUCGCGAUAUCUUGGAAUACUACAACGAAAUAUAUGUGAUCUCCCUCGACAGUUAGAGGGAGUAUAUUAUCUACUACAUCUAAACCAUGUUUCCAAAUUAACAUUUUUAUAUUGGAAAAAAGGCAACACUACUCUUUUUUGUAUUGUGCACUACUCUGUGCAAUAGGUUCAAGGAUUAAAUUAAUAAAUCGUAGUGUCUGUGGA